AUGGAGGGCGAGAAGAAGCUCGAGGCGGAGCAGAGUACGGUGCAGACAGGCGCUGAGACCUUACCUACAUAUGGAGACUCACACCCAACCCAAGCUGGUUUGGGUCGACAAAUAAUCGACAGUUUCAAACGGGACCCUAACGCUCAUAUCAUUUCUCAGCGCGAACAUGGAGCCGAUGGCUCGGGAUUUGAUCUCGAGACUGCAGCUCAGAAUGUCGCUCACUCGCCCCUUCAGCGUAAAUUGCAAGGUCGGCAUCUUCAGAUGAUCGCUAUUGGUGGCUCAAUUGGUACUGGUUUAUUCGUCGGUUCAGGUACAGUUCUCGCAGCAGGCGGACCGGCCGCAGUCGUUAUCGCUUAUGUUUUGAUUGGAAUCAUGCUGUACACCACCGUACAUGCAUUGGGUGAAAUGGCUGUUCUGUUCCCUGUUUCUGGAUCUUUCGCCCACUAUUCUACUCGUUUCUUGGACCCUGCUUGGGGCUUUGCUAUGGGUUGGAACUAUGCGCUUCAAUGGCUUAUCGUCUUGCCAUUAGAAAUCGUUGCUGCUGCAAUCACAAUUGACUACUGGAGUCCAGGAAUUUCAAAUGCCGCAUGGGUCAUCAUAUUUUGGGUGGUGAUCGUCGCGAUCAACCUGUUUGGUGUGCGCGGUUAUGGUGAAGCGGAGUUUGUCUUUGCAGCGAUCAAGGUUGUCGCUGUCCUUGGCUUUAUCAUUCUCGGCAUUGUUAUCAACUGCGGUGGUGGUCCUCAGGGAGGCUAUAUCGGUGGCAAAUACUGGCAUGAUCCCGGUGCUUUCAACAAUGGCUUCAAGGGUGUCUGCAGUGUCUUCGUCAAUGCUGCCUUUGCUUUCGCUGGAACCGAACUGGUUGGUUUGGCUGCUGCUGAGACAGCGAACCCUCGCAAGUCUCUCCCAACGGCCAUCAAGCAGGUGUUCUGGCGUAUUGCGCUGUUCUAUGUGGUCUCCCUCACCAUCGUUGGUCUCCUGGUCAAGUAUACCGAUAAGCGUCUCGUCACCGGCGCCUCCUCGGCCGAUGCCCACGCCUCUCCCUUCGUUAUCGCCAUCGAGAAUGCCGGAAUUUCCGGUCUGCCCUCCGUUAUGAACGUCGUGAUCAUGAUCGCAGUCUUGUCCGUUGGAAACUCCUCCGUCUACGGAUCCUCGCGUACCCUUGCCGCCCUCGCUGAGCAGGGCCAAGCCCCCGGGUUCCUCGGCUACAUCGAUCGCAAGGGACGUCCUAUCUGGGCUAUUCUCGUCGCAUCUGGGCUUGGUCUGCUUUGCUUCCUUGCCGCGUCGAGUAAGGAGACCCAGGCAUUCGAAUGGAUGAUGGCCAUUUCAGGUCUUUCUUCUAUCUUCACCUGGGGCUCUGUCUGUCUCUGCCAUAUUCGAUUCCGCCAGGCCUGGAAGAAGCAGGGCCACACUCUCGAUGAGUUAGCCUUCCGCUCUCAGCCUGGUGUCCUCGGAUCUUGGAUCGGUUUCCUCUUCAACUGCCUGGUUCUGAUUGCUCAAUUCUGGGUCGGCUUUGCUCCAGUUGGCUAUGCAUCAAUGUCAACCAAGGCCCUCGUGGAGAACUUCUUCUCGGUUUACCUUGCCACUCCUGUUGUUCUGGCCUUCUAUAUCCCAUACAAGUUCUGGUACCGCACUAAAGUUGUCCGCUCACACGAGGCAGAUCUAGUGACUGGUCGUCGUGACCUUGAUAUUCAGGACCUGAUUGAAGAGGAGAAGGCAGAACGUAAACAAUGGCCUGUCUGGAAGAAGGUUUACAAGUUUUUCUGCUAA